ACCACUGAUAAGAUUGUGUAUGGUUCUGAUAGUUCAGAACUAAAUAUAGAACUAGUCAUGUUGUGGGCCAGAUUCUUCUUUCUUUUGAGUAUUGUCCAGGUUUUAGGGGCGGAGUUCAUCGACUGUCCGUCACUGGUUAGAGAGGUGCCAAACCUAUGUGAAGACCUUCGCUACUCCAGACACUGUCACGAGAGCUGUCGAAACCAUAGAUUAACGUGUCACAACUGUCACGACAUACACCAUCCUGGAAGCUGCACCAAAACAACCACAUGCCAGGCUCAAGAGACCUGCGUGAUCACGACAGCUUUGGACCACACAUUUAGACUUACCUACAGACAGGGCUGUUUCCCUAAACAGAACUGUAGUCUGUUUAUCCAUGACAACAUUAGCACUCGGCGGAACACGUUACUUCCGGGGGACUGUUGUUACACCUCUCUCUGUAACCACUACAAACCGGAAGCAGUCGACAAAACUCCCUUGACGUGCUAUAGCUGUGCUGAGACACGCCACCCUAGAGAUUGUAACGUCACCACGCAGUGCCACGCCCAUCAGCUCUGUGUCGUCACCCAAUCCUUCAAUGCAGACUUUCAGCUUGUCUACCGAAUGGGCUGUAUGGAUCGUCACCAAUGUGAUGCGUUCCGUCAUGACGGCCUAGGAAAUCGGCGGGCGUUUGCUGCAAAAGGAGACUGCUGUGAACAUGACAGGUGUAACUCCCUGACACCUGAUGAAAUGACGGCACCAGCGCCUAGUACCCAAGAUUGCAAAGAUAUUGAUUCAAACGUUUGUCAAAGUUUGCGACACUCAGGUCACAUGGAUCGCUGUCAGGACCAGGAAUUCGCAAACGUGUUUUGUCCAAAGACCUGCCAGAAGUGUUUUUUCUGUUACAACUGUUUCGUUCACUCCAAAAUACAACAACAAAUAGACCUGUGUUACUACAAUUUGACAGUGUGUCAAUCCAACCACCAGUCCUGUGUUGUUGACAUCACAGAAGAAAACUUAAUGAUUACCUGUGUCAACGACUCGUUUUGUGCCGAUGCUGACAAUGUUUCAAAGACUUGCUGUAAGCAAGACUUUUGUAACAGACUGGAAACUCUGACCACAACAACAACAAUGAAAACCACGCCCACGCCCACGCCCUCAACCACGCCCACAACCACGCCCUCAACCACGCCCACAACCACGCCCACAACCGCGGCAAGACCGAGUACCACGAAAGGAACCACGUUUGGUUUUAUGACAAUUCCUCAUAACCAGCCCACGACGACCGCUUUUCACUGGGCCACUUUGGGCACGCCCCCUCCUCAUUCUACCCAGUGGGUCACGCUACCGUGGUCAGGUCACGGACAACCACCUCCAAAGAAAUAAACAUUAUAGAUCUAGAACUAUGGAACAUAAGAUAGAUACCGAACGAUAUUGUAGAAGCUGUAUUUACACAAGUGACAUUUUAAAAAAAUAUUUUAUUCAAAACAAUUUUUAGAAUUUUGGAAUGGAAAUAGAUGUCCAUAGACUGUUCAUGUCAGUUUAAUUCCAGCAAUGCAUGAAAUUUCAGUGACCAAUGACAGAUAUCUCUUUCAUGUUAUAUAUAUUUUAAACAUGCAUUUCAGAAAUGAUGUUUGCUUGAAUUAAGAGUUAUCUUCCACUUAUCAAGGAAUACAUGCAUAUGUUAUGAAACAUUUUACUUAAGUUGAUAAGAUUAUUUUGUAUGUAAUAUUAAGAACUAUAUGUUUUGUAUAACAUUCUUAUAACAUGGAAAAAUAAAAAAAACCCAAACAAAAGCAGUAAAUGGAUUCAACGUAAAAAAUACCACAUAAGUUUUGUUUAUUAAAUUUCAUUUUUAUAUUUUCAUUUAAUAUCUUUGUUUUGAUAUGUUUUACUAAAAUAAAAAGAGAUGUACAAUCAA